UUGGACUCCGUUUUAAAGGACAUGAGGCGUUAUCCAAAGUUUAUUAUAAAUGGAAAAUGGAAAAUGAUUGCUUAUUUUAUAAUUCCAUAUUACUUCUAUUUUUACUAUUCAAUUGAACGCGUAUAUUUUCAAUAAAGAUAUGAGCUUUCUUAAUGGAUAACGACAUAGUAUGAUAAAGAUGUAAACUAGUAAGAAGACUUGACGGAAAGUGAAUACGUGACAAGCCUUAAACUGAUCUUAUUUUCCUAGGGUCGAGAGAAUCAAGUCACCUUACUUCCCAGGCCAUUAGAAUGUUUACAGUUUUAAAAUUUCUACUGUGUAUUUCGUGUCCAUAUGUCGCAGACUGUUAUAACUGUAAGGACAUUUCUUUUAGUAUGGAGGACUUUCACUUGUGUCCUAAACAUUGUGUGGAAUGUUCAUUACAUAACGCAUGCAUGUUGUGCAAAGGAAAUGCUUCGGGAAGUUCGUGUAGGUCUAAGUGUAAAAUUGGUUGUGUCGUAUCGUACAUUCCCCAUGGAACACUCUUGAGAGGGUGCUAUGCAGAGAAUGUUGGUGAUGAAUGUUGCAUGUUCUGUCCACCUUACAGUUCUUGUUCAAACUGCUCGCAAUUCUAUGGUCCCUGUUUGAAAUGUUCCAAAGAGUUCUACGGCAGACUUACACACUGCGACAAGAAGUGUGGGAAUUGUCGCCCGGAUAAAGAAGGCGAAGUAGAAUGUGAUAUUGAUACCGGUAGCUGUCCAGGUGACUGUAUGGAUGGAUAUUAUGGCACUCGCUGCGACAAGAAAUGCAAUAAGAAUUGUCUCGAUCACGAAACGAAAACCAGAAGAUGUGAUAGACACACAGGUGACUGUGUAUUUGGCUGCAUUGCUGGCCGAUAUAACUACACAUGUGAAGGCACUUGCAGCAACACGUGUUUUAAUAGAUCCUGUGACAAACAAUCUGGAACUUGCAACGCCGGCUGUAUUUCUGGCUGGUAUGGCGACAUAUGCGAAAAGAAUUGUAGUGAAACAUGUGCCAACAAAUCUUGUAAUCAAUAUACAGGUCAUUGUAUGAAUGGAUGCAUUCCUGGUAGACAUGGUGACAAGUGCGAAGAGAUUUGCAGAAGUACAUGUAACAAUAACACUUGUAACCAACUAUCAGGUCACUGCGAUAAUGGCUGCCUUUAUGGCUUCCAUGGUCCCAAGUGUGAAGCAUCUUGUAGCAAUUUGUGUCUCAACCGAACUUGCAACCAAACAUCCGGACAUUGUGAAAAUGGAUGUGUUCCUGGCAGUUAUGGUAACUUGUGCGAAAUGACGUGUAGUAGCACAUGCUUAAAAAAUACUUGCAACCAAAUAAGUGGUCACUGUAAAUUUGGCUGCGUCAACGGUUGGUUCGGUAACACCUGCGGUGACCCUUGCAGCGAAACAUGUUUCAACAAAUCAUGUGAUAAUUUUUCAGGUUUUUGUGAAAAAGGGUGUAUUUUAGAAUAUUAUGGUGAAAAAUGUGAGAAAAACUGCAGUGAAGCUCAUGUGCUCAGAAUAUGUGACAACAGUACAGCUAGGUGCCCUGGAUGCGAGCCAGGCUUUUUCGGAGACCCUUGGACCCAAAAUUCGACUAAUGAUCACGAUUCUACCGAUACCAUAAUAACAUACAGUACAGUCGGAGUCGUUUCUGCUUUGGCCUGUACGUUUACUGUUGGUUUCAUACGAAGGAGUAUUCUUUACAGAAAAAGAAACUUUCAAACUAGCAUUGAACUACCCGCAUUACAUACCUCGGAACCGUUUUAUGAAGAAAUAGACGACACAAAUGAUAGCGCAACUAGCCAACCAUUAUACAUAGAAUUUGACAGCGACUCCACACACUUACACAAAAGCAGUUCAAACCUCAGUGUAACUAGCAAUGUUCCAGGCGAGAGGGCAGGCAUGAUAGCUGCAGAUAUAAUGAUAGCUGUAGAUGCAACAAACAGUGAAUUGUCAGGAACACAAAGUCUUAAUAACUAUGAAAUGAACCAAGAAAUCAAUUCUCACCUUAAUCAAAGUAACAGUAUAAUCGAAAUCUCAAGUGUGACAUACAGUAGUACGGAUAAUAUAAGAAAUAUUGGACCGCUGUCCAGAACACAGCAAGAUUGCUCAGAUUUAAGCAAAAGCUAUGUAAGAACGUUUGAGUGUCUAGGUAUAAAACUUAAAAGUUCUGUUUUGAACGGGCACGAAGAUAAUGCAUUCCAUUCCAGUGAAAAUCCUGUUGAAAGCGUCGGCGAAAAUCGUGAUAGUGCGUUCUAUAUACAUCCAUGUACAUAACGAUAUGACAAUUGUUCUGAGUUAUGAAAUAAGUUUUGCGUGUGAUAUUUGCAUAUAUUUUACCAGUUUCCCACAAUAUUAGAGUUUUCCAGGCUAUCAUUUGACCCAUAGUGUUUCUGAAUAGCAUUUCCAUAGGGGAAAGGAAGUCCGACUAUGUGUAUGUUUUGACUAUUAAUAAAAUUGGUAGCCCCUGGUCUAACAAGCAUACCGUUAAAUACUGUUUUCGUUAAUAAAAAUAAAAGAAGUUCCAACAGGAAUAAAUGACUACAAAUUUUAUAAUAAAAGUAAUACCAUAUAAAUAAGAUGUAACAAUACCCGAUUAUCAUCACCAAUAUACUGUUUUAGUAAUUUUGUUACUGCGGUAUUUACUAAAGGAGGUUCCGGAUCUUACACAAAAAUAUAUCAGAAAUUAACGCACACAAAUGAAACUUUUUUAAGUAAAGAUUGAAGUCAGUAUCUUUUUGAAAACACAGAUAUUGCAUAAUUCCACCUUUUAUUGUUGUUACUUUACUCAGACAAUAUUUUAUUUGGAUUAUUUUUUGAUAUUUUCGUCUAAGAUCCACAUCCUUCUAAAAGUAUACUUCUUUUACGUGUAAACCUCAUAGCUUUUACAAUUCGUAAAAACUAGCGUGAUAUAAUAAUAGAUAUUCAAACACUUUUAAGAUUUUCUUUUAUACAGGCAGAGAAGGAUUUUACCGUGUAUUGUCUUGUCAAUUAGAACACGUUUCGAAAAAAAAACCUACUUUAGGCUAUUUCGAUUUACUCUCUCGUAUUUAAACCGCAUUAGUAUUUCUUCCUGGUGUAAUUCGAACGUGUUGGAAUGGAAAUAGAUUUUAGUUUUGCAUGCUUUACUGGCAAAUAAAACACGUUCUUUCGUUCAGAUGCGUCGCAACUAAUCACUCAGGCCUUCGCCCUUUGUGAUUAGAUUACUACACAUCUGAACUCAAAACCAUGUUUUAUUUGCCAGCAAAGCACGCAAAACAAAAAUCUAUUUCCCAAACAAAAUUAAAUGAAUAAUUUAUACUAUCGUGUUUAUCACUGGUGUACCAUUUUUACAAAUUUGAUAUAAUAUGCUUAAAGACAAAGUCUGUAAAAUCCUUUCGAAGCAUAGAACCAGUAAAGCAAACAGUAGCAGACCUGUUUAGAAUGAUUCUAUUCUUUAGAGGUAUGCAAUACGCAACACCUCUCACGCCCCAUAGCAUGGGCUUUAGCGGAACUCUAUUAUACGCGAAUAGAAAUGGAACUGAACGAUUCCAAACGACCAGAACAUAUAGCAACAUCGAGACAUUUUUCGGCCGUCCAAGGUAUUUAAAUACUGCUGUUUUGAAGACAGUUUGUGAAAGUGUGCACCAAAUGACUAGCAGUGGAGGUUUUCAGGGUAUUAUGCUUAAUCUGCUGUUAUUUUAGGGUACUAGAAGAAGUAAGUGAAUUUAGAAUACACGUGUUUCUAUAAAAACGAUUAGGUAAUGGAGAUAAAUCUACAAUCAUUAUGACAAAAACAUGUAACAAUGUUUCAUACAGUAAAUACAAGUCUAAAGUAACAAUAAUGAAUAUUCACAAGAAAAGGUAACAAAUAAAUUAAAAGUGAGCUAGACUA